CCUUCUUGGGCCCGGAAGCGCCGCCAGACCAUAGACUCAGCAGCGGGCUAGAGCGGCCAGUCCGGAGGCGGGAUUUCCGGCGGGCCCCUCGCCGCCGCGCUCGCUCUUCCGCUUCCCCUCGCCAGGGCCCCGGGGAGCCGCUCUGGCCGGCUCCUCUCGCUGCUCCCGUGCGCUCGGCCGCCCCGGAAGGAGCCCCGCGAGGAGGGUGGGUGCGGGGCCCGGUUUUCCCCGCCCCUUGCGGGGGGGGGUCCUCGUUCCGCCCGUCUGGCCCCCCAGGGCCCUGCGAGGGAGGCCAGGCGGGGGGGGGGGCGGCUGAGAGGGAGCGGGAUUCGAACCCAGGUCCCUGUCAGGUCUGAGCCCCAUGAAACGGGGAAGGGGGGGGGCGGGAGGGGGGAAUGCUGUUGUUCUUGCUAUUAUUGUUGUUGUUGUUCUUAAUGGCGUUGCCCCCUUCUCUGCCCCCCAGGGCCCUGAGAGCUCUGCGCGGCCAUGGGGCUGCUCUCGGACCCCUACCGCCGGCGGGCCCUCUCCCGCCUCCUGCUGCGCCUCAACACCCCGCUCUGGUGAGUAGCAUCGGGGCAAGACCUCGGGGGGGGGCUCCCUGGGGGCACAGCCCCCCCGCCCCCCCACUGCAGCUUCCUGCCCCCCAACGGCCUCCCUCUCCUUCUCUCCGCAGCAUCAUCAGCUUCCUGGCGGGGCUGGGCUGGUUCCUGGGCCUGGCCUUCCACCCCUUCACGCUGCGCAUCUACAUGUCGGAGAACGCCAUGGGCUCCACCAUGGUGGAGGAGCAUUUCGUCCACGGGGAGCGCGCCCUCUCCUACGCCCGGGAGUUUGCCGGCCACAAGAAGAAGGCGGGGUGAGUGAGGGGCUUGGGAGCCCCCUGGGGGGCUGGCACUCUCGGGCCUCUGCAACCCCCCGGAUGAACCCAGUGGCUCAGAGCGGGCAUUUUGGUGCCACCCCCAGCAUUGCUGAGCCAGGGUCUUGCCCAUCAGGUUCAGAGAAACUCCGACACUCCCUGACUCUACAAGAAGGAAAGUCUUCCGUUCUGCCAGGAGGGGGAUAUCGAAGGGAAGAAGCAGUUUUGCCCCCGGUGCAGUUUAGGGUCUUUCUGCCCCCGGUGGGUUGGCUUCCAAUCUCUUAACAAUGGCAAUAGAAAGUGGGCAUUCUGCGCAUACUUUUCCGAUGCGUGGAUAAGCCUUGCCUCCCCUUUAACCUCUUAUAUAGUGAAGAAUAAAUUGUCAGUGUUGAGUGUUUCCUUCCAUUGAAGGUCCACCCAAACCCAAGCCUGGAUUUCUUAUGGAGACAGUGCAAGAUUUUUCCUUUAUAAAAGCAGAAAUUUCGGAGGUUGAGAACAGGGUUCUCAACAAACAUGCACAUGAUGUAAAAUACGCAGGUUCUCAAAUGCAGAGGCAGAGGGCCUUCUCGGUGGUGGCACCCUCCCUGUGGAACGCCCUCCCAUCAGAUGUCAAGGAAAUAAACAACUGUCUGUCUUUUAGAAGACAUCUGAAGGCAGCACUGUAUAAACAUAAAGGUACCCCUGACAGUUAGGUCCAACCGUGGCCGACUCUGGGGUUGCGGCGCUCAUCUCGCUCUAUAGGCCGAGGGAGCCAGUGUACAGCUUCCGGGUCAUGUGGCCAGCAUGACUAAGCCGCUUCUGCCGAGCCAGAGCAGCGCACAGAAAUGCCGUUUACCUUCCUGCCAGAGCGGUACCUAUUGAUCUACUUGCACUUUGACGUGCUUUCGAACUGCUAGGUUGGCAGGAGCAGGGACCGAGCAACGGGGGCUCACCCUGUCGCAGGGAUUCGAACCGCUGACCUUCUGAUUGGCAAGCCCUAGGGUCAGCAAACUUUUUCAGCAGGGGGCCGGUCCACUAUCCCUCAGACCUUGUGGGGGGCCAGACUAUAUUUUGUGGGGGGAAAUGCACAAAUUCCUAUGCCUCACAAAUAACCCAGAGAUGCAUUUUAAAUAAAAGCACACAUUCUACUCGUGUAAAAACAUGCUGACUCCUGGACCGUCCACGGGCCAGAUUUAGAAGGUGAUUGGGAUCCAGCCCCCGGGCCUUAGUUUGCCUACCCAUGCCCUAGGCUCUGUGGUUUAGACAACCGUGCCACCCGCGUCCCCCUGCAGCCCUGUAUAGGGAAGUUUUUAAGGAAUGAUGUUUGAGUAUGUUCUGAUAUGUGCUGUGAGCCACCCAGAGUGGCUGGGGAAACCCAGCUAGAUGGGUGGGGUAUAAAUAUUAUUAUUAUUAAUUAUUUUUAUUAUUAUUAAAGUGUAAUGCAGAUGAUUUCCUUGUAUCUCUCUUCAUACUGUGGUGACACAGUGUAGGAUAGCUCAGCCAGCCUAACUGGCCCGUCUGCCACCUGGUCGAGACCCCCUCCCUCCUCAAGGGGGGCAUUGCUGUAAAAGCUGGUGGAGCAGAAGAGGAGACCUGGGCGCUCACCCGCCCCUGGUGCCCCUUCCUCUCUCCCCAGGGGCAUGCCAGUGGCCUGGCUGGAGAAGACCAUGUGGAACCUGGGCCUGGAGGUGCACAAGCAGUCCUUCUCCCGCACGCUGCCUUUCCCGGAUGAGAUGCGAGAGAGAUACGUAGGUGCUGGGCUUCCAGGCUCCUCCGUGGGCAGGCGGGUGGGCCGGGGUGCGGCUGUUCCGCUGCUGGGGAGAUGAACCCUCAGCUGCCCUUCUCUUUGCAGAUGGUCAAGGGCACCAACGUCUAUGGGAUCCUGCGGGCUCCCCGGGCAGCCAGUACGGAGUCCUUGGUGCUGAGCGUCCCCUGCAGUGAGGGGCAGCAGAACAACCAGGCCGUGGGGCUGAUGCUGGCGCUGGCCUCCCACUUCCGAGGUGAGCUGGGGGGGUGGGCUUUAGAGAUCCAUCAGCUGAUCACGGCUAAGUUAGAGAUGUGUAGGCAGGGGGCAGGGGGUGUUGUCCCCUGUUCCCCUCUAUUUGUUUCCCAAAAAAUGGAGGAGUGGAAUCCAGGCCAAAUCCAGUUUAAAUCUGGGUUUUCUGUAUCUCAACCUGCCCGGAACUAUAAUGCAUGAAAUUUCUUAGAAAGAGACGGGGUAGGAUCCAGCUUCCUCCCUGGUGUCCCUUCCCCUGGCUGGGAGGGAAGAACUGGCUCUGCCCGUUGCUUCCUUUGGGGGGGGGGUGAUGUGUGCCAGUGCUGGGCCUGCCCAGGGGGUUCGUGGGGGCUGCUGAACUUCCCCUCUGUCCUAGGUCAGAUCUAUUGGGCCAAAGACAUCAUCUUCCUGGUGAACGAGCACGACCUGAUUGGGAUGGAGGCCUGGCUGGAGGCGUAUCAUGACGUCAACGUCACAGGUGAGAGGGCGCUGCCUGGGGGAUUUGCACAGCCGCCCUGGGGGAGUCUGCCUGGAGCACCUGCCUGGGAGCUGCUGGGGGGAGGGAAGUUGCUUCCUCCCUCCUCUUGUUUCUCCAGAGCGGCCCCCAUGUGUCUCCCUGCCAGUUCUUUCGCUGUCUCCUCUGCCUGCAUUCCCUAGGGCUGGCCCAGACCCCCAACGUCCCUUCACCCAGCCAGCUCUUCCAGGGUCCUGUUAUCCAGCCAGAAAGGCUCAUCUCCCAACGCCCCCCCCCCCCGGGCUUCUGCCCUGCCCUGUCGCAGAACGACUGGCUCCCGUCCUCUGGGAAUGAAGGGCAGCGCCCCCAGCCCUGUGAUGCGAGCGGCCAUCACCCUCAUUGGCUUUUCUUUUAGCAACCUGGGGCCAUCCUUUCUCUCCCCCCCAGAGGUGCACUCGUCAGGGAUGUUGGGUCGGGCAGGAGCCAUCCAGGCCGCCAUUUCCCUGGAGCUGAGCAGCGACGUCAUCACCAGCUUUGACGUGGCCGUGGAGGGGCUGAACGGGCAGCUGCCCAACCUGGACCUCGUCAACCUCUUUUACUCCUUCUGCCAGAAGAACGGGCUGCUCUGCACCAUUCAGGGCAAGGUGGGUGGGGAGGGGGGCCCUGGGGGGCUGCUGGAGGGGGAGGCCAUUUGGGCCCUGCCCAGAGCCCCCUAGGCAAAGGCCUGUGAGGGAAGCGGCCCCAGCUGGCUGGAGGGGAGGCUCCGGCCUUGCCUCUUUCCCUGUCCUGUCCGUGGGGUGGGUUUCUCAGCUCCUGGUUGCGAGGGCAGGGAGCUGCUUUGGGCCCGUUGUCCUGAGUCCCCUCUCCGCUCCCCCCAGCUGCAGCGGACCGACUGGGACUCCCUGCCGGCCUUCGUCCACUCUCUGCAGACGAUGCUUCUGAUGGUGCUCAAGCAGGGCUCCGGCCGGCCGCAGGGGGACCACGGGCUCUUCCUGCGCUACCACAUCGAGGCCAUCACCCUGCGCGGCAUCAACAGCUUCCGCCAGUACAAGUUUGACAUGGGCAUGGUUGGCACGUGAGUAGGCGGCCUUGGCAGGGCGUGGGUGCGAAGGACCCUGUUUGGGGAGCAGACUUUGGCCUGUGUGGAAGCUGAGAAGGGUUGGGAUACGCCCACACUGGCCUCAGGAGGGGGAGGCGAACAUCAGAAGAGCAUGGGUACUGGAUCAGGCCAAAGAAGAGCCCCUCUAGUCCAGCCUCCUGUUCUCCCAGGGGCCAACCAGAUGCCCCAAGGGGAAGAAGGCCACAAGCAGGAUCAAACCCAGGAGCUGCUCUCUCCCUUCCUGUGCUUUCCGGCAACUGGUUCUCAGAAGCCCUGCCACCUCUGAUUGCGGACGCAGAGCAGAGCCGUCCUGGCCAGCAGCCAUCCAUAGCCCUCUCCUCCUCCGUGAAUUGGUCCCAUCCUCUUUCAAAGCCAAGAAUUCCGCCUCUCACCCCGUCGCUUGCCUUCCCCAGGACCCUGGAGGGAAUGUUCCGGAAGCUGAACAACCUGCUGGAGCGCCUCCACCAGUCGUACUUCUUCUACCUGCUCCCGUCUCUCUCCCGCUUCGUCUCCAUCGGGCUCUACAUGCCGGCCUUCGGGUUCCUCAUCCUCAUCCUGGUCCUCAAGAUAUCCUCCUCUUCCUCUGUGUGGGGAGCAGGGAGGGGGGCUGGGGGAGUUUCUGUCUCUUGCUGCUUCUGAGUUGGGAUCCAGGGAGGGUCAGAGGAGAAACUCCCACUUGAGGAGCCCAGCUGUGGGGCCACAUAGUGGAGGACUCCCCAGGAAGCAGACGGACUGAUGGUCUCAGGAGAGGCUCCCUCUGACCACCAAGCGUUGAGGCCUUGCAGGGAGGCGCUUGGGAGCCCAACUCGAGGGUCCUCUGGCCUGAGGGUGGCUUUUUCUGUACCUCUUGGGAGCCAGAGGACGGGACAGGCUCUGGAGCUUCUGCCCUGACCAGCUGCGUGGAAGAACAGAAGCUGAUAGGGCCUGGGGCAUCCCCUGUUGGGAAGGUGGCCUGAGCAGACUUCCAUGGUGCCAGGCUGCCAGCCCUACCCUUCAGCCGGACAGCGUCCUUGUGCAAUGUUGUUCCUGUGCCAGAAGGAAGAAUUUCAGCAAACGCAGCUUCUCCUGUCACUGGCUGCGUCCCUCUGGACUCCUCUCUUCCAUGCAGCAACUGCGGCCCAUAGGCCUGGCAGCCAAGCCCUUCAGGAGCAGCCCUGGUUUGCCGCGGCCCCGAUCAGUGGGUGAGAGGCCUCCCUUGGGUGCCCCCUGUGUCUGGCUGGCCAGGCUCAGCCUCACUCUGCCCUGUGCGUCUCCCUCCACUGGUCAUUCAUCUCAGCAGAGCUCUGGCAAAUGCCAGAUGUGUUCCGACAAGAGGUCGAGGGGUGUUAGGUUCCCUGGCAUCGCCUUAGCUAGACCCUGGAAGGCCACCCCCCUUGGUGCUCCUCUGGAUACUUGGGGAGGGGAUGUCUGGUUGGUGUCCCCUAGGAUUUGGGUGAGGGGAGUUCCUGGCUUGGCUCAUCGCGUCCUCUGAGGUCCUGCCUUUCCCUUGACUCCUCCUUCCUCUUCACGCCCUGGACCUGUGGAUGAAACUGAGCCGCUACGACGUGGACCCAGAUGACCGGCUCUGCGACGGAGACCAAGGUCCUAGUCCUGUUGCUCUGGAGGUGAGAUGAUGUGGCGGGGAGUGUCAGUGGCCCUGGGGAGGGGGCAGAGAAGGGACUCGGUGGUGGAAAAGGACCUGCAUGGGCAUUGCUCGCCUCUUGAAGUCACCCUGGAGCCCUGCACAGCCCAUUCCUGCAAUCCUGCACCCCCCCUGAAAAAAACAUGGGUGCUGCUUGUCUGCUCCUGGAAUGGUCAGUCCUCUCACACUGACUGCUUCCAGCGCAUGGCAUUGUAGUGUUUCCAAAGUAAAGGAAGGAUUGGACUUUGAUUAAUAAGAUACACACGAGGCUGGGAGGGGUGCGUAUAAUAAUAAUCCCUCUCCACUCCUUGGUCCAGGUCGUUUUAUUCACAAAAGAACUUUUUACACAGUGUUCGUAAGAACCAAUCAGAUUUCCUCUAAGCAUUUCAAAAAAAACCAUGUGGGACAAAGUCAGAUCAGAAGAAAUUCUUUUAACUACAAAGAAACUAUCUCCUACUUGAGCAUGCAUAGGUAGUUCAGAGUAAAUAAAAUAGGAAUAAAAGGAGGAAUGCAUUCAGCAAAACCCCGGAGGUCAUAAACAGGAGUACACAGGAGAGGUAGGAUGGCAGUAUUUGCCAUCUCCUUGUGAACUCUCUUCCUGGCCCUUAAGAUCUACAUCAAAGCUACCUUCUAUCUUCAUGACCCAGGAUGCCUGAUGCAGCUGGUCUGUGUUUCAGAAUGCUUAUACGUGCCUGUCAGGCGUAGAGAAAGCAAAUGGCAGAGGUGCAGAGACUUGUGGGAUUCGAUCAGAAAUUAUUGUCAAUGAAUCAAACCCAGUCAACGCCAUGCUUUCAUUGCUGUCACAAUGGCUUGCUCCAUAUUUCAUCAUUCCUCAUAGCAAUCCCACCUGACCCCCACACUCUGGAUAUCUGCACCCCUAGAUGGCAUGGCCAACAAAGAGAGAGCACCCCAAAAAGACAUGGCUGGUUGAGGAAGAGAACGGCUUGGAAAUGUGAUGCUCCCUGGACACCUUGAGACUAAAAUACGCUUGAAGAUCCUCCUGAGUCUGCAGGCCCUGAAGAGCCAGGCUUUGCCAGCCCCCUCCCCUCUUCUGCCCUGGGCCAGGCAUGCUGUGGGGGGUCAAAGUCGUCCUGCUUUUUGGUGCAGUUGCUGCACUUGUUCCAGCAGAGAUCCCCAAAUGCACAAUGAACUCUUCUUUGGGGAAAGGAUGGGGUUGUUUUUGCCCCCCCGAAACCCCCACCAGCCUUAGCCGCGACUCCUGGCCCUCCCAUCCAGGGAGGGGGCCCUUCUCCUGACCCCUCCGCCCUCCUCUCUCACCCAGGAGCCCAAGCCCAGCCUGCUGACGCUGGUGCCCCCGCUGCUGAUCUGCCACGCCACGGGGCUCGCCCUCUACUUCGUGCCCAUCCUGGGGCAGCAGGUGGCCACGCAGCACUUCCCCGUCUCGGAGUCAGAGGCUGUGGUGCUGACGGUCAUUGCCAUCUACGUGGCGGGGCUGGCGUUGCCCCACAACACGCACAGGUGACGGGGAGGGAGGGGAGGAGACGGCCCGGCCAGGUGGGGGACCUGGUGCGACUCUUGCCUGCCCUGGCACAAAGCAGGGAGAGGGCGAGACGUGCAGAGCUUGAAGGGGUGCCUGAUUGCCCAGCGCUCUCUGGGUCAAGGGCCAGGCUGCUGUUGCUCUUCUUUUCAAGGGGCUGUGCUUGUGCCGCCUGCAGACUGGCUCUGUCUCUCUGCCCCGCAGGGUCCUGACGGGCUCGGGAAGCGACCGUGGCUGGAUGACGCUGAAGCUGGUCUCGCUCCUCUACCUGGCCAUGCAGCUGGGCUGCAUCGCCCUCAUCAACUUCUCCCUGGGCUUCCUGCUGGCCGUCACCAUGGUGCCUGUCGCUGCCCUUGUCCAGCCCACGGGGCCCAAGUACGUACGCCCUGGGGCUGCUUCCUGCUUCCCUCUCUGCCCCCACCCCGCAAGAACUGGGCUGCAAAGGACAGGGAUCACCAGAAUUGCCCAGGGCAGAUGACGGGGCGUCUCCUUGCCACUCCUCCCCCUGAGCUCUGUCCUCCAGCUACAAAGGGAGACAGAGGCCUUUCAGUGUUGCUGGGAGUUCGCAGCCAACACAUCAGGGAAGGUGGCAGCUGUAGCCUAAUGGCAUCAGUUGGGCACUUGCCGCCUCCCCAUCCCUGGCCUACUGAAGUGGCCGCGUUCCCCCUCUUCUGGGCCAGUUCUUUGCGGGGAAAGCCAAGGGCCUCCCCAGAGGAAGAAGCAAGAAGGCAAACGCUUGACAGAGCCAAAUUUGUUUCUGUAUGUCGGGCUUCCUCAGGACAGGCAAAGCAGAGCUGCCCACAUCAGGAUGAUGUGUUUGGCCUUAGUUUCAAAAUGGAGAUACAAAUAGGACUCUCUUGUCCAAAAGGUGCUUUGCAGGAAUAGAGUCCUCCCCAUUACCCUUCUGUGGGGGUGUUGCGGAAUUUAGGGGUGGGGAGUGUGUCCCCCAGGCAAGCUUCUCAGCUUUUCAAAUUUGUGGCCCUGGACCCUUGGUCCUGUCCUUCAGGGUGGUGGGUGUUUCAACCCUGUCCAUGGCUGAAGAAGGAACGGUUGCUUUAGGAAGGUGGGGGGUUCUCGGUUUGUUUUUGUUCCUCAGUAUUGGUAUCAAACUUUAUUUUGGUCACAGACCUGCAUAAGAUAAAAAAUACUGAUAAAUAGAAUGCGUAAGACUUAAACCAGGUAAGGGAUAAAAACUAGUAGUUAAAAAGUGAUAUCAUACAUAACUUAAAAAGAUAGAAACAAGGACAAGCGGUUAAAAGUGACUAUAAGAGAGGGAGCGUGAAGGAGCACAGGUCUUGCAUUUGGGGUCUAGUUUGUGGCGCAAACCACCCUUUGACAAAUAUCCAUCAUGGCAGCGCAAAAUCUAGGAAUUGAGUAUGUAACAUCUGGGUUUUCAUCUUGAAGUAGCAGGGAGGGAUGAAGUUGUUCUGUGCGACUUGGAAAUGUUUUUCUUCUUGUUUUAUCGUGUAUUCUGUGUUUUUAUCUUGUACUUCUAUAUUGUGAACUGCCCUGUGAUCUACAGACAAAGGGUGGCAUGCAAAUUUUAACAACAAAACCCACAAUACAUCCUGCCCUUUCGGGAGUGGGCCUGCCCCUGCCCGUGUGCCCGCAGGAGCCCAGAGUUUUCUUUCCCCGUUUCCUCCCCAGGUACCUCUACGCUGUGCUGCUGGUCCUGGUCACGCCAGCGGCCACACUUCUCUUCUGCAUCUUCCUGUACCAGGAGCUCAUUGAGUACCCCAUCUCCCUGCUGGAGGGCUGGCAGCGCUUCUUGCAGGCGAUUGCUGAAGGGCUGUUGGACCACCACCUCUACGGCUCCAUCGUCUUCCCCUUCAUCGCCAUCUUUGUCUACCCCUGCUGGCUUCUACUCUGGAAUGUGCUUUUCUGGAAGUAGCCCCCUGACGCUGCCUCUGUGCUUGAAUUGGCCUGCCCCAAUUCACUUUGGACUUCCCUGGGGCAGCCAGGGGAGACUUCCCUUCCAUCCUGCUGGGUGCCACUGUGAUUUCAGAAAUGUGAAACUCUGGGGCAGAGGCGUGAGGCCUCCUGAAGCCAUCAGCUGGAACGCUGUAGGGGAUGCCUGCUUGGGGAGUAUCCUGGUCUUGUGGGAUUUGACGUCUGCGGCAGCUGCAGCCACGGUUCAUAGUUCUGGGUGUGGGUGUGGGGCAGGCUGGGCAGCUGCUCAGAGCUUGCAGGAGAGGGGGAGCUUGGGCUGGGGUAACUGGAUCCUGGUUCUUUUUUGGUGGCCCUGCUUUAAGUCAUGAGUGUGACUCUCAGGGGCAGGGGGCCAGCCUGGGGUGUGGCUGGUCCUUUUCUCGGUGGCUUCAGCUUGCACGUGGACCACGUGGGGCCAACAACCAGCUCUGAUGUUAGCAAUGCAAGAUGAUACUGGGGGGGGGGGGAGUGGCUGUGUACACUCUUUAAAUAAAAAUAAAGACAAAAGGUUUUGAUACAGUGCUUGCACUUAUUUUCAUCCUGACUCCUCACCAGAAACACAGCUCUUGGGGCGUCUGCUAACAAUUCAGAAUAUCAACCAUAACCUUGAACUUAAGAUGUAUUAAAAGAGUAAAGCAAAGCAGCAGCUGGUCCCGUUAUAACGGGGGUGGGGCACAUCUUUGGCCCUGCAGAUGUGGCUGGACUGCAACUCCCAUCAGCUCCAGAUGACAGGGCAAGUGUUUAUACUGCUGCAGUUUCACUGGUUUCAUGUUGUCUUUUUGUUGUAAUGCUACUGGGUUUUGUUCUAACGAUACUGGUUGGUUUUAUGUUGUACACAGCUUAGAGAUUUUUAUUUUAUUAUUUAUUAAUUAAAGUUGUAUACUGCUCUUC